GGGGUGGGCCCGAUCCCGACCCGGCGGCGAAGGGCGGGCGCGUGUGUGCGGGCUCCCGCGGCCCCGAUUCCGGUCCCAAUCCGGAUCCGUCCCUGGGGGGGUGGCCCCGAUCCCGGCCCCGCCCCGGGGCGGUCCCGCCGCUGCUGUCACAUUCCUGCCGCCCGCGUCGGGCCCGGCAGCAGGAAGCCCCGGCUCGGCCCGGCCUGGCCCGGCCCGGCCAUGAGCGACGGGGAAGCGGCGGCGCCGCAGUCCCCCGGGCAGGGCCCGGUGGGCCCGGAGAGCUUCGAGCUGCUCAAGGUGCUGGGCACCGGCGCCUACGGGAAGGUGUUCCUGGUGCGGAAGGUGGGGGACGCGGACAGCGGGCACCUCUACGCCAUGAAGGUGCUGCGGAAAGCGGGGGUUGCGGGGGCCGGCGGGGGCACGCGGACCCGGGCGGCUGAGAGAGCCCGCACCGAGAGGGCCGUGCUGGGCCGGGUCCGCGGUGCCCCCUUCCUCGUCACCCUGCACUACGCCUUCCAGACCCGCACCCGCCUCCACCUCGUCCUCGACUACGUGCCCGGGGGGGAGCUGUUCUCGCACCUGGCGCAGCGCGAGCGCUUCCCCGAGCCGGCCGCCCGCUUCUACACUGCUGAGGUGCUGGUCGCCCUCGAGCACCUCCAUAAGCUGGGGAUCAUCUACCGCGACCUGAAGUUGGAGAAUGUGCUGCUGGACGGGGCCGGGCACGUGGUGCUCACUGACUUUGGGCUCAGCAAGGAGGUGCAGCCUGGCCAGUCAGAGCGAACCUUUUCCUUCUGCGGCACCGUGGAGUACAUGGCCCCCGAGAUCAUCCGCAGCAAAUCGGGGCAUGGCAAGAGUGUGGACUGGUGGAGCCUGGGGGUGCUGCUGUUUGAGCUCUUGACGGGGGCGUCUCCCUUCACCCUCGAGGGCGAGAAGAACUCCCAGGCUGAGGUCUCCAGGCGGAUCCUACGCUGUGCCCCCCCAUUCCCGGCGCUGGUGGGGCCCCAGGCCCGUGACCUGCUGCAGGGGCUGCUGUGCAAGGACCCAGCCCGGCGCCUCGGCUCGGGGUCCCACGGCGCCCGGCACAUCCGCCGGCACCCCUUCUUCCAGGGUCUGGACUGGGCAGAACUGGCAGCGCGGCGGGUGAAGCCGCCUUUCCAGCCCGUGGUGCGGGACGAGCUGGACGUGGGCAACUUCUCCGAGGAGUUCACAUGCCUGGAGCCUGUCUACUCGCCUGCCAGCACCCCCCCUGCCCGGGACCCCCUCUUCCAGGUAAGACCCCCCAGGAACCCCAGCUCCCCUGCCUGGGACCCCCUCUUCCAGGGCUACUCCUUCAUCGCCCCCUCCAUCCUCUUUGGCCACAACGCCAUCACCACGGAGACGCUGGACCCGGAGCCGGACGGGCAGCGCCCCGACGGGGCCAGCGUCGCCCUCAGCGCCAUUAUGAAGGACUCGCCGUUCUUCCAGCGCUAUGAGCUGGCGCCGGGGCCGGCGCUGGGCCAGGGCAGCUUCUCCGUGUGCCGCCGCUGCCGCCACCGCCAAAGCGGCGCCGAGUUCGCUGUCAAGAUCCUCAGCCGCAGGCUGGAAGUGAACACACAGCGGGAAGUGACCGCGCUGCAGCUCUGUGACUCCCACCCCAACAUUGUCAAGCUCCACGAGGUGCAUCAGGACCAGUACCACAUGUACCUGGUGCUGGAGCUGCUGUUGGGGGGAGAGCUCCUGGACCGGCUCAAGCGCCAACGCCCAUUCGGGGAGGCUGAGGCCAGCGGGAUCCUGCGCAGCCUCGUCUCGGCCGUUGGCUUCAUGCACGAGGCCGGCGUGGUGCACCGCGACCUCAAGCCCGAGAACAUCCUGUUUGCAGGGGAGGCGGAGGGGGCACCCGUCAAGGUGAUCGACUUUGGCUUUGCCCGCCUGCGCCCACCUGGCUCCCAGCCCAUGCGCACGCCCUGCUGCUCCCUGCCCUAUGCCGCCCCCGAGCUCUUCGAUCCACGCGGCUACGACCAGGCCUGUGACCUCUGGAGCCUCGGCGUCAUCCUGUACACGAUGCUCUCGGGGGAGGCGCCUUUCCAAUGCAGCGCAGAGGCGGAGGCGGGGCCGGGGGGGCAAGCAGCCGCCAUUGUGCGCAAGAUCCAGCAGGGGCAGUUCUCACUGGAUGGCCCGGCCUGGUGCGGUGUCUCCCAGGAGGCCAAGGACCUGGUGCGAGGGCUGUUGACUGUGGACCCCGAGCGGCGCCUGACAUUGGGCGCGCUGCGGCAGAACGAGUGGCUCCGGGCCGGGGGGGCCCCGUCCAGCACCCCCCUGCGCACCCCCGAUGGGCUGGGCCCGGCCGUGCGUUCCGGUGUGCAGGCCGCCUUCAUGGCCUUCAACAAGGGGCAGCGUGACGGCGUCUUCCUCAAGAGUGUGGACAACGCCCCACUGGCCAAGCGGCGCCGCCUCAAGCUGGGGGCCCCCCGCACACCCCCUAGGCCCCCGCGACCCAAGGCCCCCCACCGCCGCGACCCCCCCUCCUAGCACCCCCUUCGGGGGUUGCCCCCCAGGCCAGUCCUUGUCCUCCAGGACCUGAGAGAGAUUUGGUGGGGUCUUGGGAGUCCCAGGGGGAGCUAGCAAGGCCUUGGGGUUUUGGAGGGCAGGGGGGUCCCUGGGGGGCAGGGUUUCAAGAGGCCCCUCCUUCCUUUUGGAGGGACAGGGCUAUUUUUUUUUAGAGACAGGUGCACUUUUUCUAUGUAUUUUUAAACUAAAGAGCUAUAUCUAGAUAUGGGGGAACUGAGUCUAGGCCCCCCAUGUUUCUUGGGGUCCCCUCCCCAGUUAUGGGGGUCCCUGACAGCCCCCCACAGCCAGGGUGGGUUGUGGGAGGUGAAGAAGUUCAUUGGGGGGACCUUAGGGUUGGUGUCCCUCUAAGGUGCAAUUCAGGUGGCCAAAGAUUGGGGGGGUCCCCCAGACCCCACCCCAGCAACUUGGAAAUAGGGGGUGGUCACUGCCAGGCCCCUCCAAUAGGAAAUAAGGGGCAGACUUCCUUAGCCAGGCCCCCCCAGUUGGAAAUAGAGGGUGGAGUCACAGCCGAGCCCCAUCCAAUUGGAGAUAGGGGCAGAGUUACUUAGCCAAGGCCUGCCCCUUCCCAUGCUGAUCCUGUCUAGAAGAGGUUAAGGGGGGGAGGGGGGCUUCCUCACUUUGACUGGGGGUCCUAGGGUAGGGGUGUCAGGGGUUGAUCUGUCCCAGUGAAGGGGGUGUACUGGGGGCUCCCCAAUGUUCCCUCUUACUAUCCUCCUCCCAACUUGAGGUGGGGGGGGCUGUCUGGGUGGCAAAUAAACUGUGGCUCUGAUG